UUUUCUUAUAUAGGCUCCUAUUACCCCUCACCCCCGUCCCAAUUUUUCACAUUUGCUGUCUGGUCACCCUAGGUCCCUUCUCCAAGGAUCUUACACAGUGUAGGCUGUAAUAGGCUCAGAAUGGGUUUGCAAGUAUGACUUGCCUUUCAAUAACUGCAUGUUUUCCGUUACUCAUGUCUAGGUGGGAAGGAUUUUCAGUAUUGUGGGAGGAGGCCCAGCUCUGGAGCGGAACAGUGGGAGGUUGAGAGGUCUCUUUCAACACAGGUAGUGAGAGGCUGAGAAUCUCAUUCACAUUUCCCUCCUGGCAACACAGACCACAACCGCUAGGGCAUAGGUGGGAUCGCUACCCUGUGAUCUGUGAAACCCACCUGGAGAGCUACCAGACAGGCUGAAGGUACCUGCUGGGUAGCGUCCCAUGGGAAGGACUCUUACAAGCAGAAUACAGCAAGUAAUUUAAAUCCUGCUGCCUAAGACUAACCAGUUCUGUUUCCCCCGCAUGUUCACAGGCAUUACAAUGAACUUUAAAAGGUAUUUCAUAAGAGUGCUGCACCGUCUCCAGAAGGGGCCGGGAUACACAUACAAAGAGCUGCUGGUCUGGUACUGCGAUAACACCAACACGCAUGGACCCAAGCGCAUCAUCCGAGAGGGGCCAAAGAAGAAAGUCAUCUGGUUUUUCCUGACUCUGCUCUUCGCAUCUCUCGUCUUCUGGCAAUGGGGGAUCCUCAUUUACACAUACCUCUCCUACAGUGUCAGUUCAUCUCUCUCUAUAGGGUUUAAGACCAUGAAGUUCCCAGCAGUCACAGUCUGCAAUGCCAGUCCUUACAAAUACUCCAAGGUGAGGCAUCUAUUGAAAGAGUUGGAUGAGCUCACUGAGGCAGCCCUGGAAAGGAUUCUGCAGUCCAAGCACGGGGACGCAAUCUCAGCUCCCCCACUAAACUCCAGUGAGACUGUUUCUCAGAGGUUAGACCUGAAGCUCUGGAACCAGAUCCCCUUGGUUCUGAUUGAUGAAAGUGACCCAGACCAUCCCGUCAUUAUCGAUCUCUUUGAGACCAACCAAAGUGGCUCAGGAACCCAACCCAACAAUUCCUCUCCUGCCCUGUCCAACGUGACGUCAGAAGCGAAGAAACACCAAGUGGCAGUGAAGCUGUGCCCCCACAAGGACACUCCCCAGUGCAUCUACUGGAACUUCACCAGCGCUGCCCAAGCGGUGACAGAAUGGUACAUUCUACAGUCCACUAGCAUCCUCUCUAAAGUCCCGCUGCAAGAGAGGAUCAGGAUGGGCUACCAGCCAGAGGACAUGAUCCUAGCAUGUCUGUAUGGGGCAGAGCCCUGCAGCUACAGAAAUUUCACCCAGAUCUAUCAUCCUGACCAUGGCAACUGCUACAUCUUUAACUGGGGAAUGGAUGAGGAAGCCCUGAUUUCUUCCAACCCAGGAGCAGAGUUUGGGCUGAAGUUAAUUCUGGACAUCAGCCAACAAGACUACAUUCCCUACCUCACAUCUACUGCUGGGGCCAGGCUUAUGCUGCAUGAGCAGAAGAGUUUCCCGUUUCUUAAAGACCAGGGCAUCUAUGCCAUGUCUGGGACAGAAACCUCUAUCGGCGUAUUAGUGGAUGAACUUGAGCGGAUGGGUUAUCCCUACAGCGACUGCACUAUGAAUGGGUCAGAUGUCCCUGUAAAAAAUCUUUAUAACGAAUAUAACACCUCCUACUCCAUACAGGCUUGUCUGCGCUCCUGUUUCCAAGCUCAGAUGUUUGAAAAUUGUGGGUGUGGUCACUAUCUGUUUCCAUUACCUGAAGGGGUAAAUUAUUGCAACAAUGAAGAUGAUCCAGACUGGGCAUAUUGCUAUUCUUCACUGAGAUCAAGUAUAAGACACAGGCAGUUUUGUAUUGACUCUUGUAAGGAAACGUGCAAUGACACUCAGUACAAGAUGACCAUAUCGAUGGCAGACUGGCCGUCUGAGGCUUCCGAGGACUGGAUUUUCCAUAUUUUGUCCUAUGAAAGAGAUCUGUCAACAAAUGUGACUCUGGACAGAAAUGGGAUAAUCAAGCUAAAUAUUUACUUCCAAGAGUAUAACUACAGAACCAUCUCAGAAUCUGCGGCUACAACUAUUGUGUGGCUCCUGUCAAGCUUGGGCGGCCAGUUUGGGUUCUGGAUGGGGGGCUCAGUGCUGUGCCUCAUUGAAUUUGGAGAAAUCAUCAUUGACUUUUUGUGGAUCACCAUAAUUAACAUCAUCAGCUGGUGCAAAGGCCUGAAGCAGAAACGAGCCUGGGCCCAGUACCCAGACACACCUCCGACAGUGUCAGAGCUGGUGGAGGCACACACCAAUCUUGGGUUCCAAUAUGAGGACACCAUCACCCCCUGUGAUGAAGUUCCUUCCCCUGGAGCACUCCCACCAGAGCCAGGCACCCCACCCCCCAAGUAUGACUCCCUGCGUGUAGACCCACGGGCUGGCAUUGACUCGGACAGCGAUGUAGAGGCCAGUUAAGAAGCACAGAAUAUUGCACUGCACUUGGCCACCUGACCCUUGUAACUGACUCUGCAGCAUGCUCUGCUCAUUAGGAGAGCUGCAGGGGCUAAAAAGGCCACAAAGCUCAUUUUAAAGAAAUUCCACCUAUAAAGCAUGGGGGGGGGGGCAUUGACUUUACUGUAUAACAUGGGCGUAAUUCAAUACUGCAAUCUAUUCCAUUCUAAGAUACACUACUGAUUUUUUUCAGCAAGUUCCUCUCCCACUCACACUUGUAUCUAGAAAGUGCUUAUUUGCAUGCUGUUUCUGUGAUCAGUAGCUUCUCAUGGAAUGACUGUGAUAAACGAAUCGUGCUACUAGGUAUAGGACUAUGAUACCAGAAUAAAGGCUGUUGCAAUGACAACAGGAAAUUUAUUAUAUGGGAGGAAAGUCACAAAGGAAAGACUAAGGCUGGCUUGCAGUAGGAAGAGACUGGGAUGUCCAUGACUUGAGAGUCUGACAGGGGCUUUGCUCUACAGGGUAGAGCUUUAGAAACUGAAAAGUACCAACUAGAGCCUGUUCUACACUCGUCUGUUUCUGUACAGCUAGCCUGCAAGUAACAGAACUGAAGUGACCCUCCCUUUUUAUCUUUUUCUAAGGUCUUCUCAACUCUCAAUAUCUGCUUCCAAUUAACCAGCAGUAUAAACAGUGACCUACUCCAGAUACAAGUUGUGUUGGCUGCUUGCUGGAGCCCGUAUGCUUUUUGUUUGCACUCCUAUGCUCACUGCCCUGAUUUUUUGUAAUUAGUUUCCUGCAGAUGGGCACAUUUGUUAAUAUAUGUUAGAGGUAAACAGUUCAGAUUCCAAUAAAGAUACAAGCACGCCUACCAUGGGUGGAGUGGCAGGUCACCUAACAGUAUCAUUCUUGGCAAAAACCAUCAGCUAUCAUUGCUGAGUUUCCUGCUGGCACAGCAGGUGACGUUUAGUCUUUCUAAAAAGAGACACUGCUAGUACAGGAUAAGACUAGGUCGGGUGGAGCUUUGGGCAGCUUCCCUAGGCAGCCAGUUCUGCUACUGCAACCACACUAGCCCUGCGAUUCCAUUUUGCAGACUGCCUCGGGGAGCAGGGUUGCUGUGAUAUAGUAAAAUCUCCAUAGGACACUUGGUAGGUGAGCGUAAGACCUUGGUCUUAUGGCUGAUACGAACCACGUCUUUGCGAGAAGGGAGCAGCUCCAUGCCAAGGCUGUUCUCCCACUGCCUCUCAACCAUGCUGCAGAUCUAGUUUAUAGAAGUAGUUUUCAGAACUUCAGGAAAAAACAAGAUUGUGUAGUCAAGUCAUGAGAGUCCUGGGGAUUAUCCCCAGCUCAGCGGUUCCUGGCUGUGUGGCCAUGGAUGAGUUCUCUCCCAGCCCCUUACCUGUCAAAAGGGGCUAGUGCAUUUUCACAUAUCAGAGGGGUGGUGAGGCUUCAUGUUGAUAUUCACAGCUGAAAACUGCUAUCAAAGUGCAGUGCUAUUAAUUGGACACACAAUUCUCAAGUCUCAGGCUAGCUGAAGACUCUCCAUUCCUCCUUCACACAGCCACAGAAGUGAUCGUCCUCACAUCCAGCAGCACAACUGAGGUAACAAAAUUUUAGUGAGACACACCCUAACAAUCACACAAUCAGUUACUAGCGCAGCACGCCCUGGUGGCUGCGGUGCCCAGCAGAUUUGUGGGUCUCCAUAUUAGACCCAGGGCUUUGCACUGGAAUUUUAUUGUAAGAAGUCCUUGGUUUGGAAUUCUGAAUAGCAGUAAUGUUUAAAGUACUAAGCCCUGUGCGCUCGGACGAUCACGCCAUAUCGCUAGUACACACAAUGAUAAGGAGCUGCAUUCUGCACAGGCCUGUCUCCUCCUCCCAUUCACAUUUACCAUUUUGGAUAAAGCAUUAGGCCGUAGGCACCACAUUGUAAGCCAGGACAGACAAGUCACAAAGACGACUGAAUGUCUGCCAUUCUGCCCCAGGCAGGGGGAGCCCAAGGACAGCUUUGUCAUUAGCUGAGGGCACAGCUCCUGAGAGCAGAAAUUGAAUUGGUUUUCCUUUCAAUAUGAAACAGGUUUUAGUGUGAAUUAUUGUAAGUAGGAUAAAGUUAGGGAUAAGUGACUCAUUCUCUAAAGUCCCAAGCCUGCCAUGAGCUGUAGCUGGGCAGAUAUCUGUCCCCACACACAGCCCAGGGGUUCAGUGCAAGCAUCGCUCCCCUCAGAACUGAUUACAGGAUGGGAUUCUAAGAGAAAAGUGAAUGGCUUUCUUUCCACAGCUGGGAAACAGCUCUCUCACCAUUAGUGUUUCCUCGAUGGAGCCACUUGCAGUCUACAUUUUAAAAGUUUCUAGCAGUUGGAAAGUUUUAUUUCCUGCACCUACAAUGGGGAACAUGGGUAAAAACCAACAACAGUUUUCAAAGAAGUAGAAACUUUCUGAGUGCGCUCACUGAGAGAGGCAGAAUAUAACAAGCAACAGCUCAACACAGCCCAGAACAUUGACACCUUUUUCCUCAUUAAGACAUACGAGCCCUGAAUUUGAUUAAUUUACAUAAUAAUUUUGGGCAGAUUUCUAGUUUCAAAAUCAAUGACACCAAAGACCUUUUACUGUAUUUAUAAUCUCAAUUUGUUAAAUGCUUGAGAAUUCACAUUACAGACCAAAUCUCUAGUACAUCCCUCUAUUAAACCAUUACUAGAGGAGAGCUGAUAGAUGGAAAUCUCUAAUUUCACAGACUGCAGGGAUAAAUUUACUAAAAAAUGAAUGGGAGCUACACUUUAUCAUCCUUUCCUGAUCUUACCAUUUACAGCGCCCUGAAUCCUUUCCCUCCUUUUGUUAAAGAAAGUUAUCUAAAUUAGCCACAUAAUGUGUUUGUUUAAGCAAAUGCCCUAAAAUCUGCAGAGACUAUCUACAUCAAACAAAGCAACCUCAUGAACUAGGUUCUUAAGAAUUUGAAUACCUUUUUCCUUACAUAAAUGAACAUUUACUACAGUCCUAUAGCUGCAGUUCCCAGCAUCACAGAAGUGAAAGCGAAUUCCCUUAUUCUAUCAACCCGUAAUUUCAUUUGUUCUGUUUACGCCAAAGAAAGCUUUUAUUUACGAGAACAACCCUUAUACCUCCCAUUCAUUAAAUAUAUGGAAAAAACAGCCUCUCAGUUAUCCUUCCGCAUUCCCACCCUUUCCUUCUAUACUAGGAAUACUUAUGGUUCUUCAAAUAAUUUUAAUUAUUGGUGAAAGACUGUUUCUUGGGCUACUGAGGAGGAGCAUGCUGGGGCGGGGGGGUUGGCAGAUAUUAGCAGCAGUCCUUUAUAUUGUGUUUUAUGGGCUAGAGGCUGAUCCUAUACUCUGCGCACUAGAGAGAUUUCUACAAAUACAAAGAAAGAAAUAAUCAGUGCCACAUAUUACCAGCAGAUUUGCAAACAAUACAAAACCUGCAUGUUGCCACUAAUGCCACCUAAUCAAUAUUUUAAUCUCAAAAUGCUGGCCGCUCACUUGAAGACAGCGUUCAUUUUGUCAGGUCAGGUCUAGGAAAAAGGGGCAGGAUCUAAGAUGUAUCUAUUAGAAUCUUCUAACUGUCCUAAAACCAGGAGAUAACUAGAUUAAGUAGUAGACUAAUUUUCCAGAUGCUGCUCUAGCAUUCCUGUAACUUCUGUUUGCAUAUCUCAUCUAAUCACUACAUACUUUAAAUAAUCAGCAUUUCAAAAUGAAGCUUCUUUAGGUCAGUAAAUGGAGCCACUCUGACAAACUUUUGCCUUGAAAAUGUGGCGUUUUCGCUUUCCAUACACAAGGGGAACAGCACAGCUACCUACCACACUUUACUGAGUAAAGGGCUGAGGCUGCACCUCACUUCCAAGGAUCAGAUUCCCUACUUAUUGCUGAACCAACUCAGCACCAGCCAGGACCGUACCCCAGAACUCUCACCAUGCAGGGAUGAGCUCACAGCAGUCAGUGAGGGAACCACCUACCCCAGCACUCAAGAGGGUUUGAGGCACUUUAGGUCCCCAGUAUCUGCAGCAGAUGCUUUUAGGGUUAAUAAAAGGGAAGUCUGCUGUCCUGUGCAAUAAACAGACACACACAUGAACCAGCUUCUCACUUAAGUUCUGCUACUAUUUCCAGUUCAUGUGCUUCUUAUUCAGUUUGUUAGUGUUUGUAGAAGACAGAAGCUAACAGCGGAUGGAGACCAGCCUAUUCCAGACAGCCAGUUACGUUAUCUGUGCAGGUGGUGUUGUCAGGAAGAGAUCGCCUAGCCCCGAGUACAUGGAGAGUGAAACCAUGAGCAAGUAAAAAUAACCAGAGCUGGUGACAGGGCGGAUGAAAUGCAGUUAGGAAACCUGCUCAGGACAGCAAGAUCCAGUUCUUACAAGAGCUGUCCUAGCCCUUGACUGUUCAACUCCUCACUCCCCUCCUACCCAAUAAAUGGGUUACUUCCUUCCUUAGGCAGAGGAUGACUCUAUACUGCAUCCGCCUUCAAAGAGUUUCCCUAAAGCCUGAGAGUGCUUCACUGUGCAACCCAUGCGGCCGUUGCAUGAGAACUGGGUACACGAACAAACUUCUAGCACAUUCGUAGUAACACAGAGCAGCUCCUCAGCCACAGACCUCCAUAGCUCUGCGCAGCAGCGGGCACACAUUGCUCUCCUCAUUUUACAGAUGAGUUAGUCUAGCCACAGAGAAGCGAUUUGCUUAAGGCACCAAGCAAGACAACAGGGAGCUGAGAAUAAAUCCAGGUCUCCUGAUUCCACCUCUGAUGUCUGAGCCACUGGACAAUGCCACCUCAAUCACUUGCAACAGCUCCUAUUUCAUAGGAGCACAACAGCUGUUCCAGCCCAGAUCCAGGGUGGAUUUAGAAGCAUGUGUCAAAACCUCGUUUGGCCCCACUAUUGGCCCAAGCCCAUGCCUUAUGCAGCGGCAAGGCAGAGUGCGUAACCCUGGGAGGCCAGCUGCAGGGAGAGGAGACAGAGUCUGUUCCAAAAUCCAGCCCUCACCAGAACAGCUGAUGAAUCAGGUCCCCUCCAAUAUAGCAUCCUCUGGCUCAGGGAUUGGCAACCUUUGGCACACAGCCCAGAAG